ACGCCGCAAAUAGUUCUCUGCAGAAGCUGGCGAUCGAUGGUAGAGUAAAAAGCAGUAUGACCUGCUAGUCGUCACAAACUGGAGGAAAGUCUUUCUUGAGUGCAGGUCAACGGCAAGGAGUCGCAGCUGACUGUUCGGAACGAUACUAGCCGGAUAUGCGUGAGAACAGCCAAGAGAAAGACGGCCAGUACUCAGGCCAUGGCUCUGGAUUCUCUUUAGUUUUCACUCAGCUCACAGCGACACCGUUGAAGACCAGGGCGAAAGUCUCACAAAUACAUACCGGCGCCCUAACGGUACGUUCUAGAUUAGUGUCUUCGUAGCAUUUUCUCCGUGCAGAUGUGUGCACCCUGCCACUCGUGUGUUACUGAAGUGGUCUGCUAUCACUAUCAGUUCGACAGUCGUCCGCCUUAGCGGAAAGCCGAAAGGGCAGAGGUAGCCGAAUCUUGUCGGUGUUCCCGAACCAGUUCUAAAUCCUGUUCGUUGCACCCGUGCUUGUAAUUGUAUCAUCUGCCGCCAUCUGCCUGUUUCAGUUUUUAGCCGCUUGCACCGGUCUGUGGCGAAUACGGAUAGCGGAAGCAGGUGAAUCGUGUUCUCAAGACUUGCUACUUGCUAGCAAGCCUUGUUCCGGGUGGUAUGAGCCGGCAACGGGAGGACUCUGGGCACAAGAUGUACGGAGGACCGGGCGGCUGCAGUGUGCGCUCAGUUCUUCUAGUCAGCCUGAUGGCAGCGAACUGCGCUGUUGGUGUGGAUAUACGGCUGGCACAAACAUUCGUGUCUCGCUAUCUACCUGGUGUUAGCGACAGAGAGAUUUACCUCCUGGAAAACGGAUCACGCACGGCGGAAUCGACUCGCCCCAACGGAAUACUGGACUUCUUGCCCGGACACGACACCAUCAAACUGGAAUGGAACAGAGGCGGAAUGGAAAGUGUGCGUUACAAACUUGCAGUUCAAGUCAAGAAUAGCAGUAUAGUGUCGGAAGCCAUGCCAAGCAUUGCACCCUAUGGAUGUCUUGUUGACUCCAACUUCACUGCUCUUGACGUAAACCUGGCCUGCGCCACCAACAUUGCUGGUUUCACCGACAUUCGGCUGCUGAUCAGCUUCAAUGUUGUUACUCUGAACAGAACCGUUCCUCCAGAUCCGUUCAUCUGCUACAAGACGUGGAACUCUGCCAUGAUGCUUGCCAGCAGGAGCAUCCAGAUUGACCUGGUCUUUGUCAAGCAAUGCUCCGGGUCCACUGCUCCCAAGAACAAGGAUAGGAAGAAGACUGGCACGGCCGUGAACAUACCCACGGUGGCCACCAUUGUCUUCACAGUGGUGGGUGUGUUCAUUCUAGGGUUUCUGUUUACCGUCUCCUUCUACUGCGUGCAGAUAAGCAAAAAGAUUCCAGCAAGCAAUACAUCUGAGCCGAGCACCCAGGUGGCGGGUGAAGUUGGAAAUGUAGCAUAUCCGGAUGAGAACCCUCCCGGUGAGUCCGAUGAUGACACAUGGAGUGCGUCCAGCCUUUUCAGCUGCCCAGUGCCAGUGGAUCGACAAUCUCCGCGCCUUGCCACAACGUCACCUCUUCCCAAACUCGCGCGGCAUGUUUCUGAUCGGAACGCACGCAGCAUACCGUCAACGCUUCGUACACUCACUCGUACGCCUCCAGAACCUCUACAACCUCCUGCUUCGGGUCUGAGUAUGCGCCGCAUGCAGUCAACGCUUCAUGCUCCAUCACGGCCUGCUUUCGGUCUGAAUGCUUCCCACACGCCGUCACCGCCAGGCGCCCAUCUGGAACCCGGCUUCUACUUGCCAAAGCAUACUGAUACGCAUGCACCUCUGUGUGCUGCCACUAGCGUCGACUGCAGCACACAUUCAAUGCCUGGCAUUGGCUAUGGCCAUGGUCUGAGCGCUAGCCGACUGCUCAGCUCAACGCAGUCCACAGUCACCCAUCCACCGAAUCCGCGGGCAUCGGUCGCUCCCGGCCGAGGUCCUACUGCAAGCAGUGCCGACGUGCAUUUGCGGCCAGUGGAACUUCUGUUGUCGCGUACAACACAUGGCAUUCAGCAUCUGCGGCGCGGCUCAGCGGACCAUUCGAGGGACCAUACGAGGGACACCCAUGUGAGGGACCAUGAGUGGGACACCCAUGUGAGGGACCAUGAGUGGGACCCCCACGUGAGGGGCCAUACGAGGGAUCCCCAUGUGAGGGACCAUUCGAGGUAUCCCCAUGUGAGGGACCAUGAGUGGGACCCCCAUGUGAGAGACCAUACGAGGGACCGACAUGUGAGGUACCAUUCGAGGGACCCCCAUGUGAGGGACCAUGAGUGGAACUCCCAUGUGAGGGACCAUACGAGGGACCCACAUGUGAGGGACCAUGCGAGGGACCGCCUUGUGAGGGACCAUGAGUGGGACUCCCAUGUGAGGGACCAUACGAGGGACCCACAUGUGAGGGACCAUGCGAGGGACCGCCUUGUGAGGGACCCCCAUGAGAGGGACCAUGAGUGUGACUAUGCGACGGCGGGCCAUGCGAGGCGUUCGUCAGCUGCCCCGGCCAUGGGUCGGCACCCACUACCAGCCCCGUUGGAAAAAGUUCAGCACCUCACCUGGAUGGAGAAGUGGAAAGGUAACUUCGACCAGGGCCUGCUGGGCAAUGCACGAGACCUCAUCAAAGGUCGUCGUCUUGGAAACGGAGCAUUUGGUAGCGUCCAUGCUGGCAUCUACCGAAGGCUUGGCAGACCUGAACAGAAUGUCGCAUUCAAGCAACCUCUCCUCACCUUCAGUGGUGACUCAGAGGAUGAAUGUAGACACAAAAAAAACUCCCAGGAAGAGCUCCUGCGCGAGGCGUUCAUCAUGCAAGGCCUUUUUCAUCCCAGGGUUGUGCGACUAGUCGCCGUCAUCAUCGAAGACAGCAUCUCCUUGAUCAUGCCACUGUACAAGAAUGGAGAUCUGCAGACGUUUCUGGAAAAGCUACGAAGAUCGUGUGACAAUCAGACUAUAUCCACGCAUAAGCUGGUGAGGUUCUCCAUCGACAUCGCCGAAGGAAUGGAGUACCUGCAUUCGCAGCGUAUCUUACACCGAGACCUGGCGCCGAGGAAUUGUCUUUUGGAUGCCGAGUACAACGGCGUAAUCAGCGACCUUGGACAUGCGCGUAGGAUGGCGGAUGGUGAAGAUGGCUACCUUGUCAACACACAAGUCAAACUGCCUCUCAGAUCUAUGGCCCCACAGGUUUCAACCACCACACGCUACACGAGGAGUUCUGACGUGUGGUCGUACGGCACCACGGUCUGGUCAAUAUUCACACUAGGCAGGAUGCCUUAUGGGAGUGAUUGCUCCAAUAGGGAGGUACGCCGAAUUCUCCACCAGAGAAGACGCCUCAAAGCACCACUCUCGGCACCGCCUGGAAUCACUUCUAUCCUGGAGGAAUGUUUCCGUGAGAGCCGCUCCAUUACGUUCACGUACCUGCUGGAGCAACUGAGGUUGGUCUUGCCCAACGUGAGCUGCACAGAGCAGUAUGAAGUCCAACUUCCUCCUGGUAACCCUACGGUGGCCAGUCCUGAACACCCAUCGAUGCCGUACAGCCUAAGCCUUUCCGUGGACGGCUCCGAGAAGCCCGCCGGAAGUGAGCCGGCUCGCUCGUCAGGAUCUUCUGAGCGCGACGAGCCGGAUUCUUUCCAGCCAGCCUCGUCAUCAUUGGUUGAAUCUCCACACAGUGUCCAACAUGCCAGACAAGCCAGUCCAGUCCCGCCUGAACAAAUAGACAAACAUCAGCCAGCGUCCUCCACUGAGCCAACGCCAACUGAGCCACAAGACAUUGGCCAGCCAGACACGUUGCCAUGCCGGAACAACGCGUAUGUCAACAUGUCCACAGAGAGCACUCCUUCACUGGACUGCACUGAAACUGCUGCCGGUGUGCAGCGGAUGCAUACCUCACAACACGGCCAUGCUGAGUCACCCAAUAGUAGUGUGCCAGCCAGGGAUGAUUGCCCAGACGAGAGUGCCUCCCGCCAUUAUUCAACUCCAACGGGGCAUAAGACUGGCACUGCUCCACACAACCACCCGGCUGCUGGGCAUCCACAGGCUGCAGAACAUCCCUAUGCGGAAACACCAGCCGGCUCGGGGGAGGAUCCGGUGAGAAAUGAAGAUCCCAACCAUGCGCCAAUACAGAAUAGAAGGAGAAAAAUGCCUAAGUUGCUUAGUCCUCAAAGAAAUCAACCCUGAACCAGAGUUGAGUGAUAGUGUGGAACAAUUGCCCAAGUUCAAGUGAAGUACAGUUGCCCAAGUUAUAGAAUCCUGGUGGUCACCAACCAUGUCUUGGUGCUGAAUGUUUGGGAAGGUCUAUUGCCUGUGCUGCUGACUUCGGCACUCCAGCGGAGAUCUGUCUAAGCAGAGCAUAGCGCUCUCAUUGUCCUUACUCUUAGCAGAUACUUGGCAGUCACUUCGACCGACUUACUAACGGAUAGUGUAUAUAUUUGCCAACCAACUGGUCCCGCAGUGUUUCUGUGUAAAGCGUCUGUGUACUGGAUGAAGACUUGACUCUACAGAACCAUCCUUCUUCGUCCCGUCAUGCUGCUGCUGAACUACGUUCUGUCCAGCAAAGUGACGGCUUGAGAUGCUGCAUUCUUGGCCUGCUGUGUGGAGAGACUGACCGACAGACUGAGGACACACACACCGGAGCAUCUUGAUUUCCUGACUUUGCAAUGCGUUGAGCUGAGAUUGAGUGCUGCCAUAUGCCAUGCUUUGUAUGCGCAUGUUACUGCCAUCGCUUGGCAAAGAAUGUUUCCAGAGUGACGUGCCGACACACAACAACCCGCAUUGUCCCAUUGUACGUGCGUGCUCUGCACAGCUGCUGUAAGAAGACUACCGGUGCCCUUUAUCGCGGUAUAGCGGCAUUGCCAUCAGGCGUCGUGGGAUCCCCCCCCCCCCCCC